UGAUCGGGUGUUUCGGUGCCAUGAAUCACGGUGGUAUCUUGUUGAAGUGUAACUGAGGCAGAUGGAGUGUGGGGAUACAAAGUUCUUCUGCUGACGCGACCACGAAGGACGAUCUGAUCGGAAGGCGCUCUCUCUAGCGCGCAUUCUCGCACGUUUCGACGGAGAUCUUUUUUUUCUCAUCUGGCUCGUGUGACUCGUGCAGGUCGUAGUGCAGCCUCUCCGCAUACGCACGCGUUGGGACCACCGACGAGAUCAAUCGAUCAAGAAAAAGCCAUCGUCAGGUGGGCUACUGCAGGUGUCUAUCAGUUGUCGUUUCACUUUCGUUCGGCUCGGCGGCGUUGCUUUUUUGGGGUACACAAACUUCUGAACGCUGCCGUCACGCGUGUUUCCACGCAGGCCAGAAGUGUGACAAAUCCUGGGACCGUUGACUGUUGAUUUAAUCGCGUGUCUGGUGUCGUGCCGUAAACCGUUUUGUACCGAUGUACGUUUUUGGAAAAAGGUGAUCAGGUUCAAAGUUUGGGUGUCGCCCUUCGGACAUUGGGUUGUGUUGCGAAAACGAGUUGCAAACACGAUCGAUGAUGAUGAUUCCUUGACGCAGUCCUUCCCCUCGUAGUGCUAAUCGAAUUGAGGAUAAGUGACAAAACGUUGUUGUAGUAGUUGUUGUUGUUGUUGGUGUUCGGUCGGCCAAGUGAGUGUUCAACGACGUAACAUCGAGAGGCAGCAAGCAUCAAUCAAACGGCCUUUAAGGCCGGCCAUUAUUCAGACCAUUUUUCCACGCUGUUGUGUUCGGUGACCGUAGCAGGACGGCGGCAACAGCAAACAGCAAACAGCAGCUUUGCGACAGCAAACCGACCCACCAAAAAAAAAACUAGGCUAAACUUGUGCUUACAUCGGUGAAAAUCGACCGUACGUAAGGAAAAACAAACGGCCGCGACGAGGAAAAAGCAUAAAUUGGAUCACGCGGUUCGGUGCUGCUCCUAAGGCGUUGUGAAACACAGCAAGAAUGAGUGUGGCAGAGAAUUUUACGAAUUUUUCAUCCGGCUCCCGGUUUGUCUUCCAGAUGGCCAUCGAUGAGUAUCACGCGGGGCGCAACUGGUCCGGCCUCGUCGAUCGAUACUGGCUGAUCGUUGAGGAGCUGAUUGCCGACCCCCGCGCCAAACACCUCCCCUUUAUGCACAACCCGCUACCGACGCUGGGACUGAUAGCCUGCUACCUGCUGUGGGUCCUGCUGCUCGGGCCAAUGUAUAUGCGAGAUCGAAAACCGAUGGAUCUGCGGCGUAUCAUCAUCUACUACAACCUGUUCCAAGUGCUGCUCAGUGGUUAUAUGUUUUACGAGCACCUGAUGGCUGGCUGGCUACAAGGAUAUAGUCUCACGUGCCAAACCGUUGACUAUAACGAUGGGCCACUUUCUCGGAGGAUGUUUAAUCUCUGCUACGUGUACUACCUUUCCAAGCUGACCGAGUUCGCCGAUACGGUGUUCUUCGUGCUCCGGAAGAAACAGUCUCAGAUUACGGAUCUGCACGUGUAUCACCACUCGCUGACACCGAUGGAGGCAUGGAUUUUAACCAAGUUUAUAGCCGGUGGCAACGCAACCUUUCCCAACAUCAUCAACAAUUUCGUGCACGUGCUGAUGUACUUCUAUUAUAUGCUCUCCGCGAUGGGACCCCGCUAUCAGAAGUACCUCUGGUGGAAAAAGUACAUGACCGAAGUUCAAAUAAUUCAGUUUAUUCUCUGCAUCGGUCACUGCAUCAACGCCCUGGUCACGGGCUGUCCGUUUUCCCGCUUUGUGUCCACGCUACUGCUAAUCAACGCUUCGAUCUUUCUGACACUGUUCAUGAAUUUCUACAUUAAAAGCUACAAUCGACGACCGUCGGCAAAUGCGGAUGCAAUCGUUGAACCCGCCGGUACCGAUCUGGCCAUCACCGAGAAGACUUCCAAGGUGGAGGAUCUUCCGACGGUUGCCGAAACCGUGGAGCAUCCCAAACUUCAGGAGGUCAAUAAUAAUUCGAUCGAUUUGAUGGAAUCGCCGGUGGAACUGUCGAGUAAGGGCCUGGCUCCUCCCACGGCUAACGGGGACAUUGUUAGCACGCUGGAAGAGCAGUCCGACAGUUUCGGCGAGAACGGGUUGCUGUCAGAAGAAGGGGUCAUCCUUGCCAACCCUAGCGUUGCCGCUGCGACAACUGUACUGCCAAAAGAUGUGAUAGAUACGGUCGAGGGACUUCGCCAGCGAAUACUAAGUCCGGAGGAGCUCAACGGUUUCGUUGCGGAAUAGAAUAUAGCAAUAGCAGCUUGUAGUAAUAUGUAAUAGUAGCGGAAGUGGUGUUUGCAACACUUCCUUGCAUUAGCUUCUAGGUUGAUAGUUCAAUCAUGACAAGAAGAAACCAAAAUCGUCGUUUGUAAGGAAAGCAAUAUCAUCGAAGCCAAGGUGAUUUACAGGGAUACUCCGUAACAAGUUGUAAAUUGCUAUUGAUUGUUCGAUCAUCGGCUUUCUAUUUGUCAACAACGCGCGUAUGCACACAUACAUCCCGAAGUUUCAUUACCCGUUUAACCAUAAACAAAGCAGGCCAUAACCUAACACUGAUUGCAGUUAUCAUGGUGCAAUAUCUCCCCAAGCCUACGUUGGCACAUUUCCGAAAUGAUAAAAAAAAACCUAUGGUACUUCUAGUCUGUAAUGAUUUUUCUUCUUUUUAGAUUAGUUUCCAGAACAUUUCGAAUCGUUUGCUUAACAUUUUAUUUUAUCCAAUCCAUUGUCACAUCGCGUGAAUGAGAAUUUUCGUUUUACGGUUUGUUUGUUGCGUAUCUUAUCGAAAGAAGUUAGUUUUUAAAACGAUUGAUUUCUCGUUACCUAACGUUGGACAUAUACAUAUCUCAACAUGUAGGAAUGCGAUGCACAAGACUGAACUGUGUAGGUCGGAGUCUUUCGAUGCGAAAAAGUGAAAGACAGACAGCCAACUACCGUGCAAAGUCGGAUGCAGCAAAAACGUUCAAUAGCUAGUAGCUUAGUGAUAACUCUUUACUGUCCGUAGGAUAAGUGGAAUUUAGUUAAGCGAUUGUAGUAGCAAUAAUCUGAGCGUACGUAAAAUAUUUGAACUGUGA